AUGGUCUACAUCUGCGCUCAAGAGAUGGGACUUGUCGGUACACCAGCCUUCGAAUUGCGCAACGUCGAAUGGAGUGAGAUCCUAAACCCCAACGAAAAGUUCAACUAUGACAAGAGCCCUUUCAAGAGGAUCCCAUGGUUGGAAGAUACAGAAAAUGGCGUGCAGUUGUUCGAAAGUAGGGCUAUUGUCAAAUACAUGGCAAUGAAGACCAAUUCCCGUCUCAUUCCCAAGUACGACGACCCGGUCCAAGUGGCCAAUUUCGAAGUGGCCUGUAGUCUUGAGCUGGGGGAUUUUACCACUUAUACUAAGAUGUUAUUGUAUGAGCUCGUUCAUGGUCCAAUGGCACAUCAAAAGCCCACCGACGAAAUACUUGCCAAAUCGUAUCGAGAAGCAUUAGACCGAACUUUCCAAGGCUACGAGAGGAUCCUAAGUAAACAAAAGUACUUGGCUGGAGAUGAAUUGACAGUAGUGGAUUUGUUCCAUAUUCCAAGUGCUCAUUGGCUUGCUAUGGUCGGAGGUAUCCCGCCCUUGGGAGGAGGGACACUCCCAUUCACAAAAUCUGACGGUACCGCCGCUGCCCUCCCUAUCCCCAAAGUUGCAGAUGGGACCUGGCCGUUGUCCCAUUCUGCCACUGCCGACACAGACGGUACCCUCCCCUUCCCCCACUUGAGAGAAUGGUGGAAGAACCUCCUCGAGCUGGACAGCGUUAAGAAAGUCAAUGGUCAAUUCAUCGAGAUUAUGCAAAGGAUGGCGCCACCCCAACCACAAAGGGAAGAACAAGAGCAAGCGAAGUGA